AUGGCCCCCAUUUUAGCAUGCCACUACGCCUUCGGUCGCCACCGCGCCGAUGUAGUUCGAACAGGGGGCAACCGAGUGCUCGCAUUGAAGUUCUUCUGGCUUUUUCAGAUCUUCUACAAACUUGUUCUAUGCCUCAACAAGCUAUCCUUCCUCGCUUUCUACCUCCGCCUCUUCCCAACCCCUAAAUUCCGCCUUGUCUGCUGGAUCACUAUCACCCUCGUCCUAUCCAGUACCUUCGGAUUCGUCAUCGCCACCAUUUUCCAAUGCAUCCCCGUUCACGCGAGCUGGCACAAGGACAUCCCCAAAACAUGCGUGAAAAACGCCGAAUUCCGCUGGUCCUGGGCGGGCUACAAUACGGCUAUGGACAUCUGGGUGUGUCUAAUGCCUCUCCCGGUUCUGGCGCAGCUACACCUCGACCGUUUCCGUAAAAUCGGGGUAAUGCUCGUGUUCUGCAUGGGCCUUUUCGUCUGCAUAACGAGCAUUAUUCGCAUGUGGGCUAUGACCGAGAGUACAAAGACGCACGAUCCAACAUGGGGAUCGUUCGAUGCGCUGAUGUGGAGUGCUAUCGAGGCUAGCACGGGUAUUAUAUGCGCAUGUCUGCCAUUCUUGAAGCACCCGAUUCAGAGGAUCAUUCCUAGUUGGCUUGUUUCGUUGUCGAAUGGCUCGAGGAAGACUCGCCCGAGUUAUCGGAUGAGUCGCCUCGGCUCUCAAUCAGGGAUGCGGACGGGUGGGCAGAGGGAUGAGGAUUUCUAUGGGGAGGCUGAUGCUGAGAGUAUGGGUAGUCAGGGGCCGAUUGCGAAGGGUCAGAUUCUUAUGAAGACGGAUAUUGUCAUGCGUAGUGAGCGGGCUUAUUCGUGA